AUGAGGCUCGUUCUUGCCGCGGCUGCACCCAUCCUCCUCGCCAAAUACCGAACCUCUGAUGACCGCCUAGCAUGUUGCUGUCGCAAAAAGGAUCGCGACAUCCUGUGCCACGCGGUCCCAUCACCUGGCCACUGCUAUGACCUCGACGGUCAGACUGGCGCAUUUUCCUAUAAUACCGCUGGCUUUCUGCACGCCUGUCCUAACAAGGACGUCGGUUGCAAUGGAAAGUCGCUACACAUCAACAGCGGAGAAUGUAUGGAAAAGGGCGACUACAAAUUUGCCGUUUUCCAAUGA